AUGUCCCUUGGUUCUAGCAUCAACCAACUCCAAGUACUUGACUUCUCUCGUAACUCUCUCCAUGGCACAAUACCAUCUUGGUUGUUUGCUCUGUUAUCCUUGCAACAGUUAGAUCUGAGUGACAAUCAACUUGCUGGUCCUCUUCCUUCUCAACCAAGUAUAUACUUUUCACAUCUCACACACCUCAACUUGUUUGGCAACUCUCUUAGUGGCACAAUACCAUCUUGGGUGCUUGCUCAGUCAUCCUUGCAAGAGUUAGAUCUGAGUCAUAAUCAACUAACUAGUCCCAUUCCUGAGUUUCAAUCUUUUUCAUUGGAGAAUAUAGAUUUAUCAUACAACAAGCUCUAUGGUCCCAUCCCAAAGUCAAUCCUCAAGCUCCUUAACCUCAAGAAUCUUGAUUUUUCAAACAACAAUUUGUCAUUGACUCAAAUAGAUGACAUCGGCCUUUCCUUCCCUAAUUUGACUAAACUAUAUUUGUCCUCUUGCAACAUAAGUGAAUUUCCAAAUCUAAAGGGCUCAAAGAACCUAGAAUUGUUGGAUCUAUCUGCCAACAAAAUCGUUGGAGAGAUCCCUAAAUGGACAUUCAAUAUGUGGAAUAAUUCCUUGACAUUUUUAAAUCUUUCUCAUAACUUUUUGACACAUGUGGAUGAAAAUCUUCCUUGGAAGAAUCUACAGUAUCUUAAUAUUCAGAACAACAUGAUUCAAGGAUCACUCCCAAUUCCACCAUCCUCCAUGAAUAUUUUUUUAAUCUCAAAUAAUCAUCUAACAGGAGAGAUUCCUUCUUUGAUUUGUAAUGCGAGUUUCCUUCAAGUCCUCAAUUUAUCCAACAACAGCUUAGGUGGCAUGAUUCCACCAUGUUUGGGAAACUUUAGUGAUAACCUUUCAGUUUUAGAUCUUCGUAUGAAUCAAUUUAAUGGUACCAUUCCCGACACUUUUGCAAACGGCAGCACCUUGGAAACUCUUGGCCUGAAUAGCAAUCAACUAGAAGGAAAAGUGCCGCGAUCUUUGGUCAAUUGUAUGGAGUUGGAAGUUCUAGACCUUGGAAACAACAGAAUAGUUGACACGUUCCCCUAUUGGUUGGGAAGCCUCCCAAAGUUGCAUGUCCUCAUCUUGCGGUCCAACAAAUUUCAUGGCCCCAUAGGGUCCAUAGGGAGCAGUUCAAAGACUCAAUUUUCCUUAUCCGAGUUUCGUGUCGUUGACUUGUCUUCAAAUAAUUUUACUGGUCAUUUGCCAUUAAAGCAUUUUGAAAGUUGGAAAGGCAUGAUGAAUGUGGAUGAAUCUAAAUACAUAUUGCAAUAUAUAAGUACAAUUUCUUAUUAUCAAGAUUCCAUGACGGUAACGAUGAAAGGAUCCGAUGUUCACAUGGAGAAAAUUUUGACAAUCUUCACAAUGAUUGAUAUGUCAAAUAAUAGUUUCAAUGGGAAGAUUCCAAAGUCAAUUGGAAAGCUUAAAUCACUUCGAGGACUCAACUUUUCACACAAUAGCCUUACGGGUGAUAUUCCAACGUCAUUGGGAAAUUUGACAACACUUGAAUGGUUGGAUUUAUCUUCAAACAACCUUAGUGGUGAGAUUCCUAAGCAAUUGGCAAGUUUGUCAACUUUAGGAGUCUUAAACCUCUCCCAAAACCAACUGUUUGGGCCCAUACCUCGAAGCACCCAAUUUGAUACAUUUUCAAACUCUUCAUAUUCUGGAAACUUGGGAUUGUGGGGGUUUCCACUAUCGAAAACUUGCAGAAAUGAUAAUGCGACAACACCAACAUCUUUUAUGUUCCAACAAGAUGAUGACUCACACUCUAUAAGUGAAUCCUUUUGGGAAGCGGCAUUGAUUGGAUAUGGUUUUGGAAUUGUGUUUGGAUUGGUUGCUAGGUUUUUUAUGUUUUUAAUUGGAAAACAUAAUUGGUUCGUUCACAUGAUUGAGGGGGUUGAAAAGAAGAAGGUGAAAAGAUUGAGGAGAAGUGGUUGCAAGUAA